AUAACCAGCCCCAGCGAGCUCCCAGCCGCCGCCGCCUCCUCUUCCUCCUCCUCCUCCUCCUCCCUCGCUCCCUCCCCCCGCCAUGGCUGCCUAGAAGACCGAGCCGCUCGCUCGCCCGCCCGCCCGCCCGCCUGCCUGCCUCCCAAGCAUGACAGGGGUGUUUGACAGAAGAGUCCCAGCCAUCCGAUCCGGCGAGUUCCAGGCUCCUUUUCAGGCGGCUGCAGCGGCCGCCACCAUGCAUCACCCGCCCCAGGAGUCGCCCACUCUGCCCGAGUCCUCGGCGACGGACCCCGACUACUACAGCUCGCCCGGAGGAGCCCCGCACGGCUAUUGCUCGCCUUCUUCGGCGUCCUACGGCAAGACGCUCCACCCGUACCAGUACCAGUACCAGGGCAUGAACGGGACGGCGGCGAGCUACCCUGCCAAAGCCUACGCCGACUACGGCUAUGCCAGCCCUUAUCACCAGUACAGCGGGGCUUACAACAGAGCGCCCAGCGCAGCCAGCCAGCCAGAAAAAGAAGUGGCUGAGCCGGAGGUGAGGAUGGUGAACGGCAAACCAAAGAAAGUUCGCAAACCAAGGACUAUUUACUCCAGUUUUCAGCUGGCGGCUUUACAGAGGAGGUUCCAGAAAACCCAGUACUUAGCCCUACCUGAAAGGGCCGAGCUGGCUGCGUCUUUAGGCCUGACACAGACACAGGUGAAAAUCUGGUUUCAGAACAAAAGAUCCAAGAUCAAGAAGAUCAUGAAAAACGGCGAGAUGCCACCGGAGCACAGCCCGAGCGCCAGCGACCCCAUGGCUUGCAACUCCCCGCAGUCUCCCGCGGUGUGGGAACCGCAGGGCACCGCCAGGUCUCUCAGCCAUCACCCCCACGCUCAUGGGGCAAACUCCAAUCCAUCCCCCGCCUCCGCCUAUCUGGAGAACUCCCCUUCCUGGUAUUCGGGCGGUAACUCUCUCAGCGGCCACUUGCAACACGCUUCGCUACAGCAUCCUUUGGCUUUGGCUUCCGGGACAAUCUACUAGAAUAGGGUUGCCUUUUAAAACAAACAAACAAACAUCUCUUUUUUUUUGGACUCUGGCGUUUUGUUCAUAAAGGGGGGAAAAUCAUAUGGGGGACUUUUUGGUUGCUUUUUUAUUUUUAUGGGAAAGAAAACUAUACAGGAUGAAAUGUAUAAACCUUGUGCAUGUAACUUAUUGCAUUUCAAAGGAAAUCCCCCUUCGUUUUUUCUUUUUUAAAAAAGAAAGAAAAAAGCAGACGGACUUUGGGGUUAUUGUUGAUUUGG